AUGGCUAUGUUUGAAGCAACAGGGAUCUCUAUGAGAUUAGGUGACAAUCGCUGGUUGUUUAAAGAUGUCAAUAUUACUUUAGAAAAAGGAGAUACCUUAGUACUUCGAGGCCCCAGUGGUGCAGGAAAAACAACCCUUUUAAAGUGUCUUGCAGAAUUGACACCUUAUACAGCAGGACAAUCCAGUCUAUACGGUAAAUCACCUUCACAUUUCGGUAUUCCUACUUGGCGAUCUAGAGUCAUGUAUGUACCUCAAAGACCUGCAAUUCAUCCUGGUACACCCAUGGACUUGUUUAACAUGGCAAAAAAAUAUGCUUCACAAAAAGGAAAAUACUUUGAUGACCCCGUACGUUUUUUUCUUCUCUCAGUGGAUAAUACGGGACCUUACUCUUCUUUGUUAGGUUAA